AUGUUGAGUGAGGCGAGAGCUCCACACAGUCUGGAGCCCAACCACCAGCUUGGCCAGGGGUCUCCCACCACAGCUCUACACCAGAGACUCAGACGGGGCUGGAUCUGGAAACAGAUUUUUGUCCCAGAGGAGGACCCCACUCCAAGCGUGAUUGGCCAGCUAAAAUCAGACUACGACAGAGGGGAUUUCUCUAUCAAGUAUAUACUGUCGGGGGAAGGUGCAGGGGAGAUGUUUGAGAUUAAUGAAUAUUCAGGAGAGAUCCGUACAUUGCAGAAGCUGGACCGCGAAGAGAAGGCCUUCUACCUCCUGCAGGCUCAUGCCCUUGCUCGGAAGUCCAACGAACCCGUGGAGCCCCAGUCAGAGUUCAUCAUCAAGGUCCAAGACAUCAACGACAACAUCCCCCAGUUCCAGAACGAGCCCUAUGUCUCCAGCAUCCCCGAGAUGUGUCCGUUGGGGACUAUCGUGGCCCAGGUGACAGCUACAGAUGCUGACGAUCCCCUGUUCGGAAACAAUGCCAAGCUCAUCUACUCCAUCCUACAGGGGGAGCCCUACUUCUCUGUGGAGCCCAAGACAGGCAUCAUCAUGACCUCGAUGGGCAACAUGGACAGGGAGGCUAGGGACCAGUAUCUGGUGGUGGUGCAGGUGAAGGAUAUGCUGGGACUGAGCGGUGGUUACUCUGCCUCCACCACUGUCACCAUCAGCCUGACGGACGUCAAUGACAACGGACCCACCUUCCAGCACAACCUGUACACCUUUGCUGUUCUGGAGUCUGCUGUGGUGGGCACAACGGUGGGCAGGAUCAUGGCAGACGAUGGUGACGUGGGCAUCAACGCCAGGAUGAACUACAGCCUAAAGGACCUGGAGGAGAGCGCCACCUUCAAGAUCCAAACGGAUCCAGUCACACAGGAAGGAGUGGUCCUCCUGGCCAAGCCUCUGGACUAUGAGAGCAAGCGACGGUUCGUAAUGGCUGCGGAGGCUGUCAACGAUCACAUAGACACCCGCUUUCUGAGCUACAACGAGUUUCGGGACAGGACGACCCUAAAGAUCGUCGUCGAGGAUGUGGAUGAGCCCCCUAUCUUCAUGGCGCCCGAUUAUGAGUGGAAGGUUCCGGAAAAUAUGGUGGCCGGGACCGUGGUUGGCACCGUUAGCGCCAGAGACACUGAUGCAAUCAACAACCCAAUCAGAUAUUCCAUUGACAAAAGCAGCGACAUCACAAAAGCUUUCAAAAUAGACCCAAACAAUGGGACUGUAACUGUUGUGAAACCUUUGGACCGUGAGGAAGCAGCCUGGCACAAUCUAACCAUAAAUGCCAAGGAAACAAAGCAGAACCAUCUAUCCUCAUCUGUGGUGGUGUUCAUCAAAGUGCUGGACAUAAACGACAAUGCGCCAAUGCUUGCCAGAGAGUACCAGCCAUAUAUCUGUGAGGGCACACAGUCAGGAGAGCUCAUCCAGCUGAUCAACGCUGUGGAUCUGGACGACCCUGUGGAGGGACACCACUUCUACUUCUCCAUGGUCCCUGAGAAGCACAUCAACCCUAAUUUCACCAUCAGGGACAACCAAGACAACAGUGCUAGCAUCCUGGCACGGCGGAGCUCAUUCACCCGUAGGGACCGUACCCAGUACCUGCUGCCCAUGGUGGUGGCGGACAGUGGCUCCCCAGCCCUCUCCAGCACCAGUACCCUGACCAUCAGCGUGUGCAGCUGUCAGCCCGCCGGACACUGCCCCACAGGCGGGGUGGAGGCCCUGGCCAUCUCUAUUGGGGUCAGCCUACAGACCCUGCUUGGCUUCCUGGUCUGCCUGGCAACACUCACAGUGCUGUGCAUUGUAAUGCUGAUGCUGAGGAGACACAGGAGGAAACAGCUGGAGGGGCUGGGGAGAGCGGAGAAGGAGCUGCCUAAGGGGGUCUCAGAGAAGGUGCUGCACUACGGAGAAAUAGGAGGCGGAGGGGGUGACCUGGGGGGAUUCUGUCAGCCCGCUGUCCCCCUUCGUCCCCACCCCCGCAGGAGGGACAGGAGGCUCCGCAGAGAGGAGGUGGCAGCCAGUAUCAGAAUGUCGAUGUCUCUCCGCCACUCCCUCCUCAUCGGCCCCGAGGACGAUGUCUUUAAACAGUUCAUCAUGGACAGGCUGGAUGAAGCAGAUCAGGACCCCUACGUGCCGCCAUUUGACUGCCUGAAGACCUACGCCUUCGAGGGCACAGGGUCGCCCACGGGAUCCAUUAGCUCCCUAGAGUCAUGGGACUUUGUGGACGCUGAUCAAUGUCCCCGGGACCCCGGAUCACGCCUUGUCAGACUGACUCUCUGGCAUGGGGGAGUGGCGGAGGAAACAACCUUCUGA